GGGUCAAACUUUAUUGCGCAUGCUCAGACGGCCCUGUACGGUUAGACACAGGAAUCUGUCAGAUCAGCGGGGUGUACAUUCCUCUAAUACCUUCAAAUAUUUCACCUUAUUUCUUCUCCUGGUCAACGCCAGAGACAUAAAUCUACUUCCAGGUGUCACCAAAUUUGGACUCUAAUUUUUCGACGUCUGUAGCCGAAGGAAACAGCAAAGAAUGACGAGCAGUUCAAAGCGGAAAGAAGAAAGUCAUUUGCUGAAUGGGGGUGUAAAACAGUCCACAUGGAGCAAAGCCUUCAGCAGUAAUGCUGUCUGGGAAGAGAAGGACGAGUUUUUAGACGUGAUUUACUGGCUCCGACAAAUUAUUGCAGUAAUCCUUGGUGUGAUAUGGGGUGUUGCACCGUUGAAAGGAUUUCUGGGAAUAGCCAUAUUCUGCAUCAUCAAUGCUGGGGUCCUUUAUGUAUACUUCAGCAGCUUUCAGCAGAUCGAUGAGGAAGAGUAUGGUGGCACGUGGGAACUCACCAAAGAAGGCUUCAUGACAUCUUUUGCACUGUUUCUGGUGGUGUGGAUAAUCUUUUACACAGCUCUACAUUUUGACUGAGGGGAAUCCACAGGACACUAAAUACAAACAUUUCUGUUGAAGUAAAUUGUCAAGACACAGGAACUCCAUGACUUGAGGGGUGUCAACGCUCCUACAUCCAGUAUGACUUCUCAGUUUGCAGUGCAUCAUGGGAAUCCUAGUUUGAUUAACCAGAUACUGCAAGACCACCGUGAUGAACAUGUUCAAAUACUGUACAUCUCUCUUAAUUUGAGGGGUUCCUUUUUUAAGGCACUCUCCAGUACACUUCCCAUUUGUUAUAUUUCCUUCCUCACUUCAUUCUCAUCAUCAUCGGAUAAAACAGUAAAGAUACAGAAAGCAGUUCAGCUCAGAUUGGUGGCAGUUCAGUUUAUGCUGGAACAGUACCUUGAUGUAAAACAGAAGGAGGACGCUUUCUCUUGGUUGUCUUACUGCAGGGCCUUUCUUCUGCUUUAGAAGAGCGACAUGAACACAGAUUUCUGACUGUAAAGAUAACAACCUGUGUGUGUAUUCAUCCCAGUUUACUGCUCAUUAGCUGAUUACUCAAAUUACAGGAACUGGGCAAUAAAUACAGUGUCUUGUCAUAAAGUCAUUAUGAUUCAAUCAGUCCAUGAGUGUAAAUCGUUUAUUCUAUAAUUUAGGGACAAAAUGCCCCAUAUCAGAAUUACUAAACUACCAGUAAAGGAUUAAUUCUAUGGCUUCACAGUUAAAUUUCCCUCCACAAUUAUAUUUACCUUUUUGAGAAAUUAAUCUGGGCCUGAUAAAACAGUUAUAUAAGAAAUGGCAUGACUGUAACGCACCUCGUUUCAAAGCAUUUUUUUUAAUGAAAUUUGUCAAUUGUUAUUUCCUCUGAAGGGUCUGAUGUCAAACUAAAUGUGAAAAAUCAAGGCUCACCACAGCUGAAAUUUCACUUGUGCUAAUUUUAACAUCAGAACAAAUGCUGGUUGUAAAAUAGGCAUAUCACCCAAUAUCCUAUUCCAGUGCCAGUAUCUGCCAGUAGUAUCGAUGCGCUGUAACGUCAGUCAGGAACUAAUAACCAUCUAAGUCAUCUGUCCAUCCAAAUUAAUUCCUCAAUGCAAAGAGGGAAACAUAGAUGUUGUGUUGAGAUGCAAAUGUUCAGAUUUAAGCGAAAACCUGGUUUGUGCACUGCCAUGAUUUGCUGUUUGUGUAUCUAGAUGUCAUUUAUUAAUGGCAUUAGCUAGGAGGGUAGAAAUAAUUUAAAUUUAUUAUUUUCUCACAUGUAGCUUCCAGAUCAAAGUCUUACCUGUUGUUUUGGAAAUAAUUUAAACUUCUCUGUAAAUUCUGUAUAAUGUCUCUUCUGUCAAAUCCAUCUUGUAUUACACAAAUUUAUUUGUACUUAUGUUAUAUCUUGUUUGAUGUAACAUAUUUCUCAGUAUUUUAUAGUGAAGAACUUUUAACAACAGUUCUUGCAAAGUUAUUGUAAUGAUACUGUUAUAUUAGAUACUCAGCUGGUGUUUGAAAGGAUUGUAUUUUCUGAUCAAAUCUUUUGGGAAUCAUUAAACAUGGGCUUUAUUUGGCCUCCAUUUUCAAAGAGA